UGUUUUCCAAUUAUGAUCCCAAUACUACAUGCACGUCUAAAAGAUAACAACGGUCAGCAAAAUUAUCAACAUUUGCAGAGGUGUGUGUCUUGUUAAACUUCGUAAACUAGUUUCUUGAUAAGGAAUAGUAUUUAAUUCAUAAUCUGAAAAACCACAAGCAGUAUCGAAUGCGCGCAGUACACGUGUCAGUCUGUCUUCUUAACCAUGUGCAAAAUUACAUUAUGUACGUUUCUUGUUUUAAGACAACUUUUAUUUGUCAUCGGUAAGACAUCGUGUCCUUCCUCCUGUACUUGCACCAAAACUGUUGUCGACUGUAGGAACAAACAACUACUGGGAUUACCAAAGAAGCUUCCAACAAACAUGGAAAGAUUAUAUCUCGGAAAUAAUCAACUAUAUGCAAUUGGUAAGGAUGAUUUCUGUGCUUUUCCUCAUCUUGUCGAGUUACAGUUGCAAAAUAACAGUAUCGCAUCAUUGUCGCCAUUUGCGUUUUCUGGAGAGUGUCUUCCAAAACUUCAAACAUUACGAUUGGAAAAUAAUAAGAUAACUGUCAUUAAAGCAGGUACAUUCUUUAAUCUAUCAUCGCUUGUCAAUAUUACUUUAACAAAUAAUGAACUUGCUGAGUUAAAUCCCAGAUCUUUCGAAGAAACCUCUUUGGAAUUUUUGCACCUUGGCGGUAAUAAACUACGAGAUAUUCCAAUUCUACAGAAUUUAGAAUCGCUUCAAGAUCUAAUAUUAGAAGGAAAUAUUAUUCGGAGCUGUACCUUUCAUUUGGUAUUCAGGAACAUGACAAAAUUAAAAAGAAUUGGACUUAGCAACAACAACAUUCAAAACCUGGAUGGAGACUCUUUCGAAAAUUUAAAACAAAGCAGCGUUCGAAAGUUUGAGCUUGCCAGAAACAAUAUCACUAAGAUUUCGAAUAAAAGUUUUUUGCCACUUUCAAAAUUACAAUCUUUGAAACUUGGAUUAAACCCUAUUACAGACGGUGAACUAUGUAAUGCAUUGGAGGGGUUACAGCAGGCUCCUCUGAACUCGCUCAGUAUUCCCAACAUGAACUUCAACGGAUUAGUACCAUCUUCAUCUUUUCGAUGGUUGAAAAGUAUGAAUUUGUCAACCCUUGACCUCAGUUUCAACGAGUUUUACACAAUUCCGGCUCAAAGUUUUGAAGGUUUGACCCAACUGAACUCUUUGGACUUGAGCAGUUGUGGAAUUCGUGACAUACACGACGACGCCUUCAGUGGAUUACAAAAUCUUAACAAUCUCAUAUUAAGCAAUAAUUUCAUUGAAAAUAUUCCAUCGAACCUACCAAAACGUUUAAUGUUUCUUUAUAUGGCUGAAAAUAAUGUUGGCGUUUUAAACAACAACAUUUUCUCAAAUUUGACUCUUUUGAAACGCCUUCACUUGGGCAACAAUAAGAUAUUAACAUUGUUUAAAGGAGCUUUUUCUGGACUUGUUAACCUGCAGGACCUACAGUUGCAUGGAAACAGAAUUAACACCCUUCCUAAACAGUUAUUUGCACCUUUAGCGAAUCUAACAAAGCUCCAACUCCAACAAAACAGGUUGACAACGAUACAAAACUCUUCCAAAACAUUUUCGUCAUUGACGUCACUGAAAUAUUUAAAUCUAUCCGAUAAUGGGUGUUCCUUUUUACCAAUAACAAUGUUUUCAAGCCUCAAAUCUCUACAGGAGUUGCAGCUUAAAGGGAACAAGCUAGGGAAGUUUCUGCUAAAUGAUGUGGAGGGGAAAUUAUUUUCAGGGUUAAAUACACUCAAAAUCCUAGAUUUGUCAAACAACCAAAUUCAUACAUUUUCUUCUCGCUUGUUCAGAGACAUGAUAAACCUAGAAAUCUUGAAUUUAGAAGAGAACUGGAUACCUGGAUUAAACGGAAACAUCUUAUCUACGGCUAAGCAUCUACGAUCCUUAGUAUUAUCAAAUAAUAUGAUUUCUCUGGUAAAUGAAGAUAGCCUGACAGGCUUGGAAUCGUUGAAAGAAAUCAACUUUAACAACAAUCCAUUUGCAUGCACGUGUGACCUUCGCUGGUUUCGAAGUUGGAUAAAUAAAACUAAGACGAAUGUACGGGACAAGAAGAAAUAUCAAUGUCAUUCUCCUCAAGACUGGAAAGGCAAGCCACUGUUGUCGUUUGACGAGACGAAGAUUGAAUGCAACCUAGUACCUCUAAAAGUCACUAUGGGUGUCGGUGGUUUGAUUAUAAUUCUUCAGUUAUUUGUCUAUUUGUAUCGCAUGCACAUCCUAUUUUACUGGUAUACGACAAAGAAACGCUUUUUUCGUUGCUUUGGUAGAAGGAACAGAGAUCUGGAUCAUAUGGAUUACGACGUCUGUAUCAUAAACUCCGAGAAUCCCGAGGACUACGAGUGGAUAAAGACGCAUCUUUUACCAGACUUUGACAAAGGAAAUGAAGAUGACAACUACCAUGGAAAAUACAAGAUAUAUUUUGGCGAUCGAGACACCCCGGGAAGCGCUGAUAUGAUGAAAGCAAUGGUGGAUGCCAUGGAAACAAGCAGAAAAAUAAUCUUUGUCGUUUCCAAAUAUCUGAAAACAUAUCCUCUAAUUAAUCUGUUUAUUGGAGAAGCAAUACAUUUAAAAGGAAAGUCGCUGAGCGAUAUAAUUAUUAUUACUGUAGGUAAUGUUUCCUUUGCUGAGAUACCUAGACUUCUUCACUCUAAAGUCAGGAUUGGUGAUCACGUUGAAUGGAGAGAUGAUGAUAUUUAUCGGAGGGUCUUCAAGGUGAAGAUGGAGGAAAAGUUAAAAAAUAAUUCGUUGUAAUGAAAAACCAAGAUGUAAGCGACAGGCUAUUCUAAUGUAUAUGAUGUUGACAAAGAGUCAGACUGUUACCGUUAUUUAAUCACUUUACACUUCCUCAUUUUAUUGGAAAGGGUGAAAAUUGAUUGAUGGAUUGCAAAACGGUUUCAUUUGCGCUAUUACAACAAUGCAAAUCAAUAAACUAGUAAUAUGUACGUUUACGUAUCACGGCACUUGUUCUGCGUUGGAGUCUACUCCAGUAUUGUAAAACAAAGGUAAAUUAUUGUGUGAUGUAGACAAGUGUCUGUUUUAAUUUCAUGCAUUUUUAAUUUAUUUAACUUCUCUUGAUAUAAAUAAAAUAUUUUUGAACUGUUCGAACAAAUGCUUAAACAAGCAUGGGUUCAACAAGAUAUUAUUUAUUUUCAAGUAUUUACAAAUGGGGAAAAAUGUAUUUAGAGUAUCAUUCUGUAGAAAAUAAAGGAGAAACGGUUACAAGUUCAUCAUUUAUUACAUGUAAUUCACCAAUGACCCCCUCGCGCUAAUAUCCGUGCCAACGAGAGAUAUUAAUAUAAGUUGUACAACUUGUUUAUCAAUCGUUGUAAAAUAAAUAAAGUUCAGUUCAGUACAUGUAAUUUGAAAAUUGUAUUUAAAAUAUAUUAUUUUGAUUGGAGCUGUUGAUUCCACAUCACAAAUUUAAAGUUCAUCACAAUUCCCUCAGAAGUUAACAUGAAGCAAUCAUCUGGCCCAUCAAGAUGUCAUUGAAGAGUCCAAUUUAAAUUCACAAAGUAUGUUAAAAGGCUUACCUGAAAUAAAAAAUACAUGGAUCUAGAAAAAUUAUUCAAAAAACGCUAUAGUCUCUCUUGCUUACAAGCAUCUGGAAAAAAUGUUACUUGGUCCAUUUCCCUUACCUUUCAGUAAAUUAAAUAUUAACACUACAAACGGUCAAACACUUCUCUUCUGAUUCGGUAUUAAACCAACUUAAAUCAAAUCUCUAUUAGAUACAACAAUAACUGUUAAAUUUUAUCCCACCCCC